AUGCAGCUUGACCUGCUCAGUGCAUCCUUUGUGCUCGACGCCACUGCUCAAGCCUUUUGGGGUGAUGGGCGACCACAAUGCGAUGCUUUCCACCGAUGUAUAGUGGGCGCGCCACUUCGCUGUGGCUGCCGACGGGACACCCCCUCUCUUCGAGACACGCCGCGGAAAAAGCCCUCGACGUUCGAGAAUAGGUGAUGAGCCUUGCAUACGCGAACAUUGUGUCACUUAUGCACAAUGCUAGUGGCGUAGCAAACAAUUCAUACCGAGGAGAAGGCGUUCUGAAGCUACCCAUCUCAACGGGUGUUU